UGAACCUGAGACGGAAUGGUACAACGGGAGGGCGGCUCGUUUUGUCUCGGCGAGGAGGGGAGCUGUGUAAACCAGACUGGGUGGAGCAACGCAUCGCCCAGCCCCAUCUAUCGUGCAGACGGCCUUGUGUCCCGUCCGCCCGGAGCUCGGAGAGAGACUACAGCACUGAGAGUGUGGCGGCUGGAGAGAGAGGGGGCCGGUCUAUGGGAGGGACUAGCGCAAAGGGGGGAAUUGGAAGAAGGAGGGGGCGAGGAGGAGGCGGCACGGGUGCUGUUUCUCCAGUCUCUUUCCCCUGUCUUUGUCUCACACACUCUUUUGUUAGCCAUGCCUAGCCUGCUGGUUCUAGCAGGGAUCAUGGAGAAAAAUGGGGGCUACGGCGGGGAUCUGGCCGGCUCCGGCUUCGGCAGCGAGGGUCUCCUUGUGCCGCCCGACGAGGAGGAAGACGACUCCCGUGCCCUCAGGGUCGCGCUGGGCCAGUUGUCUCUGCUGGGGCUCGGGGAAGGCGAGGACGGCGGCGGAGCCCCAACAACAGGAGUACAGGACCGGAGCAACAACAACAACAACCACCACAACCACACGAACAGCGUCGGAGGCGGCGGGGACACGGCGAUUUUGCAAGGGAAGAGCAAGUUUUGCGCCCUGUACGAGAGCUCCUCAAGUGAGACGAAAGGACGAGGCUGCAACAUAACAGAAUGCGUCCCGGUGCCCAGCUCUGAACAUGUGGCCGAGAUAGUGGGGAGACAAGGUUGCAAGAUCAAAGCACUGCGGGCCAAGACCAACACCUACAUCAAAACCCCCGUCAGAGGAGAGGAACCCGUGUUCUUAAUCACUGGCCGGAAGGAGGAUGUGGCCCUGGCCCGCCGUGAAAUCAUCUCCGCUGCAGAGCACUUCUCCAUGCUCCGGGCAUCCCGCAACAAGCUGGGAGUGUCCUUUAGCGGCUCCCCGCCCACACCUCUGCCGGGUCAGACCACCAUUCAGGUGAGAGUGCCAUACCGUGUGGUGGGGCUGGUGGUGGGGCCAAAAGGCUCCACCAUCAAACGCAUCCAGCAGCAGACCUGCACCUACAUUGUCACUCCCAGUCGAGACCGCGACCCCGUCUUUGAAAUCACCGGAUCCCCCAGCAAUGCCGAGCGGGCCCGCGAGGAGAUCGAAGCGCACAUCGCCUUUCGGACAGGCGGCCUGCACGACCACAACAACGAGAAUGACUGUUUGGGGCCGAACGGUGGAAGCAGCCCGGCGGGCAGCAGCGGUGGUCUGGAGAGCCGGCUACAGCAGGUGUGGGGGCUGCAGGGGGGCCAGCGCAAGCCUCUCACCAGCAGCUACCGCCAGAACUUCUCAGAUGCCAUGGUUGGAGGGGGAGGGGGAGGAGGCGGCGGCGGCAGCGAGGGAGGGGGAAUCUACAACAAGGGCAACUUCUCCAGCUCCGGAGAGAAGCCCUGCUCUUAUUUUGGAUCCGAGGGCACCCAGAGCUGGGGUGACCCCGACUACCCCAAACAGGUGGCCUUUUACGCCCAGCAGCGCUCCAAAAGCUUCGGAGGCCUCCCGCUCCCUCUGACCAGACUCUCCCCCGGCUUGCCCGAGCCCUGUGGAGGCGGAAGCACCAACAACUCUUCAGUCACCAGCAUUGUGCCCGUAGCCGGCUCACCUCACGCCCAGGCCCGCCGCGCCCACAGCGAGCCCACUUCAGCCGGCGAGGGCUUCCCAGGCCGUCUGCCGGUGCCGGACUCGCCACCGGCCACCGUGCGGGACUGCAUGACCUGCUUUGAGAGCAAAGUGACGGCUGCCUUGGUGCCCUGUGGCCAUAACCUCUUCUGCAUGGAGUGUGCCAUCCGGAUCUGUGAGCUCAACCACCCGGAGUGCCCAGUGUGCCACACCCAAGUCACACAGGCCAUCCGAAUAUUCUCUUAAGGAACCACAUCAGUUUUUAUCAUUAGUUUUGUCAGUGUUUGUUCAAUAAUUAUUUACUGUUAUUAUGAUUAUUAUUAUAAUACACAUUUUUGUUUUUCAGAAAAUUUAAAAACAAUCAAGCAGAUAUUUUAGAAGGCACUGCUUGCUUUACUAAAAAGUAUAAGAAAUAUUUUUAAGUUUUUCUUUUAUAUAUAUAUAUGCAUAUAUAUUUUAUAAAAGUUUUGUUUAUAAGAGAAGUAUAGUACCUUGCAUUUUCAGUUUUUUGACUGCUGCUGUUUUUCAUUCAUGAAUCACAGUGUAGGCAGAGGUAGACAGUAAUGUGAACAUUUUAUUAUUCAAAUUUUUUAUUUUACCAUGAAGUGGGUUUAUAUUGACGGAAGAAGAUGAUUGUCGAGGGACCCAAUCUGCACCUGACUGACCUAGAAAGUCAAAGUUGUUAUUAGAAGGACAAAAAAAAUGGAAUUUUCAUUGCACCUUACAAUCAUCUUGGUCUAAAAUAGGAUUGUCAAUCAUAGCUUGAAAUUUCAUGAGCAGAUGUGGAGGUGAAUUCAGCCUUUUUUCACUUUUACUGUGAUUGUUGUUUGAUAUAAUUGGUCCAAAAAUAUUUUGGCUAAAUGAAAAUGUGAAUAGAUUGGUUCCAGUAAGUCAAAGCAUCUUUGCAAGAAAGCAAACAGCAGACCUUUAUUUCCUUCUCAUAGCUUAGAGCCUCAGAAGCCAGAUAAUGCUAAAAAGGGAUAGGACGUUACAUCAUUUAUUUAUAGUAACUGGUUACAUUUUAUUGGUGUCAUUAUUCACACAGAUAAAGUAUCAGUAAAUUCUCUGUCGAUUAGCCAUUGAUUACACUUUGGUCGCUGCAGUUUGUUGAAAAGAUCCAGUAAUGCUCGCUCCUCGUGGCACUUGAAAAGCAUGUGGUUCCUCGGUUGGCUUAAAGCACUGAUUUAAUUUGUGAGGCCGAAAGCCUUGGAAUUCAUCCAGUUGGCUAGUUCUCGAUAUCUGUCUCCCCGAUGGACUUGUCUCAAAGCCACCUUAACCGCGUUUUAUUGUCUUGUGUGGUCAUUUGGCCACAGUCGCAGAACAAUGUAGGACAAAGCAGGAGCUCCAGUCAACAAGCAUUUCUCUGAGGUGUGCACUGUAAAUAAGGAGGGGAAUCAGUACGUGGACAGAAGCUGAGCAAAACUAAAUGUGUACUGAAUCAGCAGCGGGUUAAAAUAGUUGACACUGUAAAAUACAGAGUCUCGAUUCAGUAAUCCUCGCUCUUCGUCCCCACCACUAACGGCAUUAUGUGCGAGCUACGAGAGGCCUGCUGUCUCCCCUGUAAUUAGCAAAGCUGUAUAGAAGCAGGUGUUUCGUGGCACACUGUGGCUGCGACCCUGAGCUGGAGGUCUCGCCUAGCCUCCUUUUCUUUCCCUCUUUUCUUCUGGGAGUGGCUUUCAUGUAUUCCCCCCCCCCCGCUUAGAGUUCGAUCGCUUGCUUUCGAAGGCCUCUCCGAGCGGGGCGCAUUGUCUGGGCCCCAGCAGCGGCGUGGUCUGCACAGAGCUCGGACACGGCCUGGAUCCACUCAUUCAUAAUUAGGCAAAUGGGCUGGUCCAGGUGCGGACCGUGUGGGGACUCUGGAGCUGUGCGAGGGGUGGGACGGGGGUCCUGCAGCGAGCACAGAGGGGGCUAGAUGGUCUGGAUGCAGCUGGGCGAAUAGGACCCCCUCCCUCCGCUCCCUCUUGCCCCUUCCCUCCCCCUUUUUUCCUCUCCUUUUCUGCUGCUCUGAGCCAUCCCUGCUGGGGAGAGGGGGCCUCCUUUGUCCCAAAACACACACACAAAAUUUUGAAAGACUGAAUUUGGCAGUGCCUGUGAAAUAAAGGGAGGCUUUGGAGAGAAAUAAAUUAUCGACAGUUAACAGGAGACACAACAGUUAUCUGUUUUUGAUGCCUCAUAAAUGAUGAUAAGCUCACCCUACAAAAACUAAGUGAUCUUAUAACACGAGGUGCAGCGUUGAAACCGCCUUGAAAUUUGUAUGGGGUUCACUCAAGAUUUCCACAAAGCCCCUCUUUACCUCCAGGCUCACCCCCCUCUCCAACUCGCUACUGUAUGGGACAUCCUGCAACUGCCCUUCCACUAUGGACACCGAGGCCUCAGCCAAUGAGAGCCCCCCUCGCGCUGAGCUUCCAGAAUGAAAUCAGACAAUUGUAAUUGACAGGAAAGCAGAGGAAACGCCCCAUUUAACCAGCACUCAUGCUGAAUCAAAUUACACACCCUCUGCGUCUGCCUUAGCCCCAGCUUGGGGAUUUCAGAGGGCUAGAGGAGAGCGGAUGGGGGUAGGGAUUAAAGCUGUUGAAUGAUGGGUGGGGGGUGGGGGGGUCAUUUUGGCUCGAGAAAGAGAGAAGUAUGUGUCCUAAAAAAACCUUCCAGAUCGAGCAGUUUUAUCGAUCAUUCAAGUCUUUCAUGGACCAUGUGCAGCGAUGACAGGUGAUCCAGCAGGCCUCUCUUAGCGAACAAUAAAACUCAGCUUCUGUCUCAAAAAAAAAACAAAACGAUUGCAAAUCUUCAGGCCUCUCCUUUAAUUUAAAACAAUAUAUAUAUAAAGCAGCCUCCUUGCAGGACUGCAGGGACAGCACUGUACUUCCAGAAAGUACCCUGAAAUCUAUCAGAUGUAGAAAUAAAGCAGAGUUAGGAUUUUAUGGAUGGAGAAAUUGCACAGUGGUUUGGCCUAAGCUUUCAACGUCACAUUCAAGGCAGUACAUGACACUGUUCUUUGAACUUAGUAUUUUUGUUAUUUUGUUUUCUGCCUUAAUAUUUUUUAUUCAAUAUUGCCAUUAUUUUUGGCAUACAAGGUAGCAACGUUGGCCUUUUGAUAGUAUUGCCCCUUAAACAACUUUUAAAGUACUUAUUUUUGGAAGAAAAAAGAAUGUGAAUCAAACUGCUCGGGUGGGGCUUAGAGGGAUUCAGGAAAUUAGGUUCAUAAAACACUUAAAAAACAGAGUCAAGCACCUUAAUAGAAAAAAAACAUCUGAUUAAUACCAAACCGACCACUGAUGGUGAAAUAUAUUUGAUAGAACUUCAAAAACAUGCACAUAAGGAUUCCCUAUCAUUUUUUUGUGUUAUAGUGGUUCUUGUUAUUCUUAUAAUAUUACAGUAGUAACUAGUGGCAAUUUGGGAGACCUCUCAUCCAUUUAGUCAAUGCUGUUGACUUGUUUUGAGUUUUGCACUGGUUUAAUGAAGAGAGGGCUUAUUGGAGAUUCUCCCAGUUUAGGCACUGUAUAAGUUAAUGAGUAUUGUACUUUAUGGGAAAGUGCUCUGAGCAUCUAUGUAAAUACAAUAUGUGUAUCAGUUACGAACGACCAGACAAGGGCCUGCUUAAAAGUGAGGUUUUGAUUAUUUUUACAAACUCAAAAGUGUCAUUGUCAAUGUUUUAGCAUAAGGAACUGAAAAUGUUUCUGAGUUUAGGGAGAGUAAAUCUUCUAUAUAUGCGUCCCAUCAUCCUUUUGACUAUAAUAGUAUAUUAGAUAGAUCCAUACAUGUAAGAAAUAUUAUUUAAACUGAUUAACUUAGUAUUUCAUUCAAAUAUAUAGAUUAAAAAAUUAACCAGACACUACUAUAAACCGUAAUAUCCUUUUAUGAAGCCACUGAUGUAUAAAUCCAAUCUCAACUCAAGUGAAUAGUAUGUGUAAUAACCGUACCCCUAAUGAAUAAAUCUGUUUCUAUGUAUAUCAGGAUGAAAAGCAAUAAUAGGACAAUACUGGGACAAACACAAGAGCCUGCUUUGUCAGUUCUUUAAAUAAUAUCCUGUUGAGAACUUGACCUUGAUUGUUAGGGUAAUAUCGUGUCUCAUAUCUGCUUCAAAUUCAUCACGGAUUAAUGCCAGUGUAGAAACAGAGGUACAGUGGAUUAAGACAGCUUCAGGAUUGGAAAUUGUUGUGUUAAUCAGGGUCUCAUUUAAUUUUUUGAUCGAUCGCAUCACAGGGUGGGUCAGGACAAACUUAAGGAUUCCCUCUCCUGAGAGGUGCUGGAAUGAUGAUGACUUCUCAUUGUGCUGUAAAAAUGAUCACUCGAGUGUAAACAAGCAACCAGAGCGUAAGCGCCAAGGUCGCUCCUGUUUGUGGAGCAGCAGGAGCUGGUGACUUCACUUAUGACAGGCUGAUGUCUUGAGGGCUUUGGUCAAAAAUGUACAACGGCAGCGAGAAGCAGAAGGCAGGACAACAUGAUAUGAUGCACUGCAGCCAUGUUGUCCGUUUGAUUAAACUACAUACAGGGGCAGACGUGUUACUCACAGCAUAUCUUAAGACUUCUGUUUACAUGGUAAUGAUUUCAUGGCUCUGUUUAAUAGUUGCUUUGCACCUCCUACUUUUCAUCUGUUAUUUUCAAAGGUCAGACAUAGCCAAAGAACAAAAUACAAGGAGAGCUAACUUGAGUUAACUUAUUUUUAGUGUCAAAAUCAGCCUGGUUUAGAGUUUACUGGAUUGAGUAUGAAGCUCAUAGCUAGAAUAUCCGUUUACCCAAAAGUCCCAAUUGAUCAAUCUGUGAAUAAAAUGAAGGCAUAUCAUGUUUCAGUGUUGUAAGAUUAGUUUAAUGCCACUAACAGACUCCCCAAAGAGAGCAGCUUAAAGCACAUCCUGACACUUAAUCAGUCAUUAGAGUCGUUUUUCUCUUGGUCUGGAAAAAAAAAAUGGAAUCUUUCAGAAUUUAAAAAAAAAAAAAAAAACGAGUUAAGAAGGAAUCGAAAACAAACCAGCAAAAACGAAACUGUAAGCAACAACACUGCAUUUUUCUUUUUUUUUUUACUUUAUAUUGUUUAUAGAGCCAUUAACUGUAUCCUUAAGUUUAACUGCAUGUUAGUAAAAUAUAGUACAAUAGGUAAGAUUUAUCGAGGAAAAAAAAGAUUGCAUAAAUAAUUCAUCAGCCUGAUACCUGAAGUGUAUAAAAAGCUUUAAGACCUUAAAGUGAACAUCGGUUUAAAAUCAUAUAUUUACCGUGUAGUUUAACGAAUUGAUGCAUAGUUUAAUUAUGAUUCUUAAGAAUAUGCUAAGUUUCAUUUGUCCAGCUCACCCAGUAUGAAAUACAUUUUAAUCCAGUGGAGCAGCGAAGGGGUGGGGCGACUCACAGUGACAUUUGAUUCAUUAAGUUCUUGUUAGUAUUAUUUACAAUAUUGUAUUAAGCUUACUAUUAUAGUAAUGGUAGAAACUGUUGAUGUUUUUCUUCUCUUGAUAUGAAAAGGUCUUUAUGCAUUUAUGUAGAAUCCCUUUUAAGGAGUGAUAGGAAAUCCUUAUUUUCAAUGGAUGCACUUAAGCAAUUGUACCAACCUGUCUAAAUCACAUUGAGCAAGCAAUGCAUUUGAAUGUAAAAAGAAAACAAACAAAAAAAAACACACAAAAAGUUGUUUUUUUGUUUUUUUUUUUUAAAAAAGAACACUCAACUUAAUGCACUCCUUACGCUUAUUGUUUGGUCAAUUUUACAAGUGAGCUUUAAGUUUUUUGUUUGUUUUUUGGAAAGGAAUUUGCAACAGGUUUUCAACGUAGACUAUAUUUGAGUUCUUCCACAUACAUUUAUAGAAAGUAACUUAAAAUGAAUAAAAAAAACAUAUUACAGUUUCUCAGAUCUAUUUUGCUAACAUGGGUUAUUAUUUCAUAGAAAGCAGAGGAAAAAAGUCAGUAUCUGGAUGUUAUUUAUGAAAAGUAAAAAAUGAAGCAACAUAUUUAUGAGUAACCUCAAGACAUUUUGUUUUUUAAUUAAAAUUACAAGAAGUUAAUAUAUUUCUAAACACAGGGAAGUCAGUUUCUACUAAGUAAAAUGAGAAAAGAAGUUUAGAAGUUUUAUUUAUGAAAGUUAUGGACACUCGCCUUUUCCAUGCACUUCAUGGCGAAUGAAGUGCAUGCAACAAGAGGUGCUCAUAGCUUAAAUUUUAACUUCACAUGUGCACUACUACAACAUCAGUGCAUUCACAAUGGAAUAAUUACAGAAAAUAAUAUAAUAUUUUUUAGAAUUUGGAGAUAUUUUAGUCACAGAGCAUCAAUUUUGUGCCUCAAUUAUAUAUUUUUCCUGCAUCAGCAUUCUUUGUGCAGUGCUGCUUGCUGUAACCCCUUUCCCCCCUUCAACUAACCCCAUGUUACUGACUGAAACGCAUUACUCAUUUCCUCUGUAAUCUAAACUCGCUUUUACUUAUCGAAAAAAACAUGUUACAACUGCAACGCUUGGAGUGAAUGAGGCAGCUGUGGUCCCCUCGCCAGUAGGGCCACACACUUGUACACACUUUCAUUCAUACAUUUUCUACAUCUGCUACUCAGACAGUUUGUGAUCGAUGGAGCGCAAUCAGAUCAAAAAAGGCCUUUAUGAAAGACUUUCCCUAAUAUGUUCGUUAGGUGAAGUGUGAGCGGAGGCAUCUAGCAGCGGACAGCAGCGCACUGUGUAGUAGAUCUAUGUAACUAGAUGCACACAUAUACACACAACAGAUUCAUUACCGUACUAGUUUGCAUGUAUGUUGUAUGGUCACUUAGACAGGAGAAACGGUGCAGGCCCUGCGUUGUCCUCUAACGUCAGCACACUUGGGCCGUUUCUCCUCUGUAGAUUUUCAUAGUUGGAGUCUCUUUGGAAAGUAGAAAGUUGACAUGAGUUUGGAGCCAGUCAAAGACCAUUUCAGUCCUCACAUCAGACUUCUUUACUCUGUUACCUGCUUAGUGAUGAAAGAUUGUGUUAGCACCGCAUAGGAAUUAACUUCAAGUUUGUGCAAGAGUCGAUACAGUUAAGAAAAACUUGAUAAAACACUACAAUGGCACAUUUCUGCUGCAUGCAAAGGUCGGGGACUGAAGUGGUGCAGGCUGGUGAAACUCGCAACCUUUUUCCAAAGAGGCCGAUACAGUCUGACAGUUUGUCUUUGGUAGCGUUUCCAAUUUUUCCAGCACAGUAGAGGUGUUUCAUACCGGUCUAAUAGUGGUUGUAGUGCAUUAGUUUUUGGGCCAGGAUCACCUGGCGUUAGUUUCUGGUUUCUCUGUGAACAGUAAAGGAGGGUUGCCACUGUGGCCCUCUGUGGCUGACCGUCAACUUUGAUGGAUGGAAAAAAAAAAAAAAAGCAAAAAAAAAAAAAAAAAAUAUGAAGAAGUCUUUGAACUCUGUUACAGUGUGCCAUGCCCUUAAUAAGGCAUGUGAUAUUGCAGGUUUAUUUCUUAUAGCACAUGUUUUUUUGUGAAUUACAUUUUUUGGAGACAUUUUUAUUAUUAUUAUUGUAUCUGCGCCAUGUUAGUUCUGGUUCUUUGUUAUUUUUCCAAGAUUCAAGAUGUAUUGUAAAUGUUUCUAAUAAAACAAAAAUGAAAUGAU